UUUUUCUGGUUCCCUCAUUUUCUCUCCUCUUUAAAGCCCACAAAAAAUGAGCACAUAUAAAUAGAGAAAUAUUAAUUCAUCAAAAUCAAGUUCAAUAACACUGUUUUCAUUUGCAAUGAGCUGCCGCUGCUUUCCUCUCUCUCCUCCAACGAGAGCUUCAGCUCUCAUUCACAAACCAAAAUCCCAUGGAAAGGAAAAAGGGAAGCGCCAAUUGCCAAUAAAAAUACCAGCUUUGGCCGCAGCAGCCAGUAUUUCAGUUGCCUCUUUGGUUGCGAUUGAUUCGGCGAAUGCGAUGUCCAUGGGGAAUUUGUUGGAAGGAGUACAUGCCCCAAUUUUAGCAGAUAUUAACUUUGGAGAGUGGCUUGGAGGUUUCCUAUAUUCAGCUGGACAACAGGCUAAUGAAGCUGUUCAGGAUCAGUUAUCUGCCCUCAGUUUCACUAGUAUAGCUGUUAUUUUUGGUGCAGGACUUGUAACUAGCCUAUCACCAUGUACACUAAGUGUUUUGCCGCUGACUCUUGGUUAUAUUGGAGCUUUUGGCUCAGGAAAAAGUCGAAAACAGAUUAUUUCAGAUUCUAUAGCUUUCUCAUUGGGAUUAGCAACAACUCUAGCUAUUCUCGGUAUUGCAGCUUCAUUUGCUGGAAAGGCAUAUGGGCAAGUAGGACAAGGACUUCCAAUUGCUGCUUCAGGCUUAGCAGUCCUUAUGGGUCUGAAUCUCUUGGAGAUAAUUGAACUACAGCUUCCAUCAUUUUUCAACAACUUUGAUCCUCGUUCUGCGGCAGCUAGCUUCCCUUCCAGUGUACAAGCAUAUCUUGCUGGUCUUACAUUUGCAUUGGCUGCAUCACCUUGCAGUACUCCUGUGCUUGCUACUCUUUUGGGAUAUGUGGCAGCAUCAAGGGAUCCAAUUAUUGGGGGAAGCUUGCUUCUCACAUAUACAACUGGCUAUGUUGCUCCUCUUUUAGUUGCAGCAUCUUUUGCUGGUGCUUUGCAGAGCCUUCUCUCAUUUCGGAAGUUCUCAGCUUGGAUUAAUCCGACGAGUGGAGCUCUUUUAUUGGGAGGGGGUUUGUAUACUCUCUUGGACAGGCUAUUUCCUGCAUCAACAAUGAUAAUGUAGCAGAUGCAACACAAUCUGUAGAUAAUGGUAUGAACAAUCUCGGUUGGGAUGAUUCUAUGUUCUACCAAAUUAUUCAAGAUAUUUUUCCUGCACGAUUAUAGCCGACGGUUAUUGCAACUGUAGCCAGCUCUCAACCCCUGGUACACUUUUGUUUUUUAAAAAUCAUGGACCAACUUGGAGCAGUAUUUGCCGGUCAAAUAACACUGCUUGAUUCAAGCAUAUCAUAGGAAGUGAGCGCUAAUAUCAUUGGCGGAAGUGCACAGCAUCCAAGCUACUUAGCGGCAAAGAGGCUCUGACGAGGAGUUACUUCUCUUCUUGUAACAAAAUAAUCAUAUUUCACUUGGUUUGGAGAAUAUUCUUAUGGACAAGCUGUUAUGUUAGGAUGGUACAUUGUUCAAGUUUUCUCUGAUAGUUUCUUAACAAGAAUUGCAUUAGACUCGAUGAUGAACUCUUGUAAAGAAGAUAAAGUACAGAAAUGUUUAAAUGUUCAAUAUAACAGCAACAAAAGGAAUUUUUUUGU